AUGAAAAAAAGAGUAACAAUUAGAUUUUAUGUUAAAAAGAAAUUAGAAUAUGGGCAAAGAUUAAAAGUAUGUGGAUCAGUUAGAGGAUUGGGUAGUUGGAAUUCAAAAUCUGCCAUCCAAAUGAAUUGGACAGAGAAUGAUUGGUGGACUGGUGAGUUUCAAUUUGAAGCUACUUCAAAUUUACCCAAAAACAACUUCAAAUUAGAAACAUCAUCAUAUUAUUUUAGAAAUAAAAAUCAAUAUCAUAAUAAUAAUAAUAAUAACAACAACAAUGAGGGUUUUAUUGAUCAACAACAAAUUAAUAAUUUAUUUUCAAAUAGUAAAAAACAAAAUCAUUUACCAAAAUCAUCAUCAUCCUCAUCAUCAUCAUUCUCAUCAUCAUCAAUUUCAUCAUACACUGUAGAAGAGGAUGAUUAUUUUGGUAAUAAUAAUAAUAAUAAUAACAACUACAAUAAUCAAAGUGUAGACAAUAAUAGUUUCAUGAAUAAUCAAAUGUCAUCAUAUGAUGAAAAUAAUAAUAAUAAUAAUAAUAAUAAUAAUAAUAAUAAUAAUAAUAAUAAUAAUAAUGGUUAUAAUAAUGGUUAUAAUAGUGAUACAUUAAAUUAUGGAUGUGGUGAUGGUAGUUCAAAUAGUGUAAAUUAUCAAUUAAGUAAUUCACAAUCAUUAUCUCCAUCACUUAAAGGUACAUCACCACAAUUGAUCGAAUUUGAUUAUAAAUAUAUGUAUGAAUCUUAUGAUUGUCAAUAUUGGGAGAAAGGAGCAAAUCAUCGUGUUUCUUUUAUGAUGUGGUCAAAUGAUUUCUCAAAUGAAGAAGAAGAAAUUUAUAUUGAAAUUAGAGAUGAAUAUGAAGGUGGUAAUGAAGUUUUCCCAACAUUAGAUUAUAGAUCAUUAAGUAAAGUAUCAUCACCACCAUUAUAUAGUUUGGAUGAAUUAUCAUUAAUCGAUAGUAAUAGUAAUAUUAAUAAUAAUAAUACAACAUCAACACCAUCAUCAUCAAUAACAACUACAACAUUAACAUCAAAUAAUAGUAAUGAUGAUUUGGUUGGAUUACAAUUUAAAUAUUCAUUUUUACAACCAUUGGAAUCACAAAUUAUACCAAGAUUUCCAGCACAAAUUUGUACAUUUGUUGUGAUGGAUGAAGGUGAUUCUGAAUUUCAUUCAGUGAAUUUAGUUAGUCAAUUCUUUGGUACCGAUAGUCAGAAAUCAUUGAGAAUGUAUCCAGUGACAAGAGCAGGAUCAUCUAAUACCAUUUGGAUAGGUCAAAUCUAUUCACCACAACCAAUGAAAUUUGAAUAUCAUUAUGUUGUAACAAGUAGUAAUAAUCGUGGUAUCUAUUGGGAGAAAGAGAAACGUACAUUUUCAACAUCGAAUUGUAAUGAUAAUUUGGUGAUCAAUAAUGAUGGUAUGAUAAAGUACUCCGAUGUGUCUGAUAGUUGGGUGAAGACUGGUUUCGUGGGUCUAUUGGAACAGGAUUACAAUUGUUCGAUAUCGUGUGUCGUUCAAUUAUUAUAUCAUAUAGUACCAUUACGUAAUAUCAUCAAGAAUUUGGGUGGAAAGAUUGGGUUCCCUUUCACCCAAUGUUUGGCAAAGAUUUUCACUUCAAUGGAGAUGGGAUUCGGAACCACCGAUAUAUCACCUCUACCCAAUUCAAUAGGGUCACAGGAUUCUGCAGAGAUAUUGGAUAUCAUUGUCAAUGCUUUGAUCGAGGAGAUAUCAAGAAUUUCAAAGAAUAAUAAUGAUUACAGUUUGUCAAUCGAGUGUUGUAAAUUGUUUGAGGGUGAACAACAACAUACCUACGUUUGUAUCGAUAAGGAUGGUAGAAUCAACUCUAUGAAAACUAGUAAUGAAAAGUUUGUAAAUAUCAUAUUACCAGUGAAAGGAUUCAGUUCCUUGGAGGACUCGUUGGAGUUCUAUAAACAUAGUGAGGAGAAAUCGGUGGUUGGCGAUGGUAGCAUCUAUGAAUCUAUGAAUGAGUUUGUAACGAUUCCUGAUAUUUUAAUAUUCCAAUUGGAUCGUACAGAUUAUGAAAAUAGAAAAACUAUAAAGGUUUCAAAUAAUUUCAGUUUUCCAAAAUCAUUAGAUAUCACUAGUCAUAAUGGUGAUAGAGUUAAAUUCAAAAUAGUUGGUAUCCUUUGUCAUUCAGGUUCUGACUUUUAUGGUGGUGGUCAUUUCUUUUUAUUCAUUCAUCAAAAUAAUAAAUUUUAUAAAUUUGAUGGUUCAAAUGUUUCAAUUUCAAAUAAUCAAGAAGCAAUCAUUAAUAAUUUUGGUGGUGAUUCAAAUCAAACUGCUUAUGUUUUGAUUUAUCAAAAAAUAAAUCAAUUAGAUAGUUUUAAUUAA